AUGGUAUCCCGAAGAAUUGCCAGGAAAUUCCAAACGGAGGCCGUCAGCUCAAGCGGCCAUGUAUUGGCCAUGUAUUCGUGGAGGCGUCCAGCAAUUGUUCAGCUCGUCCAUGUCAAUCUUCAUUCCUCCUUUGAGGGAUUGGGUAACUUCCUGAAGGGAUUGCUGAUUGAAGAGGGCGAGGAUGACUCCGGCCUCAAGAAGGCCACUGCCAGCAAGACAGUGAAUGCUCAGGCCACUGGAGGAUGCGGCGACACAGGAUCCUCUGUUCAGUUUUGUGACAACUCUCACACCACCACCACGUUGCCUCGAAGCGAAUACACCAUGUGUCGAGCGGUAUCUCUCGCGUACUGGCAAACAUUCCAUUAG